CUCUUCCGCUCUCCCUCACUGAGAUCCACUGUGUCAGAUUCAUCCAGUGGAUAUACUGUCUAAGGGCAGAGGAUAGGACUGAGAGCAGAGGAUAGGACUGAGGGCAGAGGAUAGGACUGAGGGCAGAGAAUAGGACUGAGGGCAGAGGAAAGGACUGAGGAGAGGAGAAAGGAUUCUGAGAGAUCUGGUGAACGGCAAUGGAGGAUCAAGAGUCUGAGCUGCCGAUGGACCCCGAAGUCUGUUUUGAUCCGCUGUUCAUCGAUGAGGAAGACCAGUAUGGGGAUGAGGGUGAUGAAGAGGAGACAGACGCUUCAUUCCAGUCUCUCCUGGGAGUUACCAGUACAAACACACUCCUGACUGGCUCAGUCUCGGAUACCUCCGUAUCGGAUACCUACAGAGAGACACACCUGGAUGAGACACAAGCCCAGUUUAAAGACAUGGACACCAUGUUUAGGAGUUGUGUAGGAGAAACUACAGACUCUUUUGGGCUUCACCUGUCGACAACAGCCCACACUAACACACACCGUAGUGGGUUAGGACAGAUCCGGCCUCACCGUAGUGGGUUAGGACAGAUCCAGCCUCACCUUAGUGGGUUAGGACAUAUCCAGCCACACCGUAAUGGGUUAGGACAGAUCCAGCCUCACCUUAGUGGGUUAGGACAUAUCCAGCCACACCAUAAUGGGUUAGGACAGAUCCAGCCUCACCUUAGUGGGUUAGGACAUAUCCAACCACACCUUAGUGGGUUGGGACAGAUCCAGCCUCACCUUAGUGGGUUAGGACAGGACCAGCCACACCUUAGUGGGUUGGAACAGAACCAGCCACACCUUAGUGGGUUAGGACAUAUCCAGCCACACCAUAAUGGGUUAGGACAGAUCCAGCCACACCAUAAUGGGUUAGGACAGAUCCAACCACACCUUAGUGGGUUGGGACAGAUCCAGCCUCACCUUAGUGGGUUAGGACAGGACCAGCCACACCUUAGUGGGUUGGAACAGAACCAGCCACACCUUAGUGGGUUAGGACAGAUCCAGCCUCACCUUAGUGGGUUAGGACAGAUCCAGCCACACCUUAGUGUGUUAGAACAGAUCCAGCCACACCAUAGUGGGUUAGGACAGAUCCAGCCACACCAUAGUGGGUUAGGACAGAUCCAGCCACACCAUAAUGGGUUAGGACAGAUCCAGCCACACCUUAGUGGGUUGGGACAGAUCCAGCCUCACCUUAGUGGGUUGGGACAGAUCCAGCCUCACCUUAGUGGGUUAGGACAGAACCAGCCACACCUUAGUGGGUUAGGACAGACCCAGUCUCACCUUAGUGGGUUAGGACAGAUCCAGCCACACCAUAGUGGGUUAGGACAGAUCCAGCCACACCAUAAUGGGUUAGGACAGAUCCAACCACACCUUAGUAGGUUAGGACACAUCCAGCCUCACCUUAGUGGGUUAGGACAGAACCAGCCACACCUUAGUGGGUUAGGUCAGAUCCAGCCUCACCUUAGUGGGUUAAGACAGAUACAGCCUCACCUUAGUGGUUUAGGACAGAUCCGGACACACCAUAAUGGGUUAGGACAGAUCCAGCCACACCUGAGGGAGAUGGAUGACCUGUUGAAGAGAUGUGAGGACAUGACAGGUGUGUCCUUCAACUCCCGCCUGUCCACCAGGUACACAGAUACUCACCUGACUGGACCAGCUCAGAACCAGAAGCAGUCAGACAUACACCUGACUGGACCAGCUCAGAACCAGAACCAGUCAGACUCACACCUGACUGGGCCAGCUCAGAACCAGAACCAGUCAGACACACACCUGACUGGACCAGCUCAGAACCAGUCAGACAUACACCUGACUGGACCAGCUCAGCACCAGAACCAGUCAGACACACACCUGACUGGGCCAGCUCAGAACCAGAACCAGUCAGACACACACCUGACUGGACCAGCUCAGAACCAGAACCAGUCAGACACACACCUGACUGGACCAGCUCAGAACCAGUCAGACAUACACCUGACUGGACCAGCUCAGCACCAGAACCAGUCAGACACACACCUGACUGGGCCAGCUCAGAACCAGAACCAGUCAGACACACACCUGACUGGACCAGCUCAGAACCAGAACCAGUCAGACACACACCUGACUGGACCAGCUCAGCACCAGAACCAGUCAGACAUACACCUGACUGGACCAGCUCAGAACCAGAACCAGUCAGACACACACCUGACUGGGCCAGCCCAGAACCAGUCAGACACACACCUGACUGGACCAGCUCAGAACCAGAACCAGUCAGAUAUACAGAAGAUGGAUGCUAUGAUGGGGAGCUGUGGUGGUAAUGACUGUCACACAGGUGCUUCCAUCCUGACCUACACAGACACACACAUGGAGGAGUCUAGGAACCAGUGCCAAAGUCACCCGAAGGAGGUGGAAUCCAUUUUGGAUCAGAGUGGAGCCACAGGAGCCGCUGUCCAGCCUCAGUUGCCUCCUCUUACCUCUCCAGGCACUCAGCUGAGUGGCACUAUGGCUGAGUAUCAGACAGAGCUAAUGGCGAUGCUGGCCAUGUUAGAAAACUGUACGGAGGAAGCAGGGAUUACCUUUGACCCUUUAGAGUGGAUUUACCCCAGUUUACCAAAAGGAUUUUGCCAACACAACCCCAACAUGAAUAAGGUACCACAAGACAGACACAUGGACAGAGGACUAGCAACACAAGGGCACAUGGAGAGAGGACACAAGAACACAUGGAGAGAGGAGAGAGGACUAGCAACACAAAGACUCAUGGAGUCUGUGGGGAAUACCAAGACUGAAGGACUAGAGUCUGGGAGAGGUGUGGAUCUGAAGCCAUAUUUGGACAGUAACUUUGGCCAAUUUGAGCCCCCAAGCUAUCAAGCUAUCUCGACAAAAAGACAUUCAGAUGAGUUAGGAGACUGUGGAGAGACACACACAAGAGGACCCAUGUCCAUGGUGUGUGAAGAGGACACAGAUGGGGACACAGAGGGGAACAUGAGGGGAGGUCAACAACUAGAGACAGAGGUGGGAGGGGUGGAGUUGAGGGGAGGGGUGGAGUUGAGGGGAGGUCAACAACUAGAGACAGAGUUGGGAGGGGUGGAGUUGAGGGGAGGUCAACAACUAGAGAUAGAGGUGGGAGGGGUGGAGUUGAGAGGAGGGGUGGAGUUAAGGGGAGGUGUGGAGUUGAGGGGAGAUCAACAACUAGAGACAGAGGUGGGAGGGGUGGAGUUGAGGGGAGGGGUGGAGUUGAGGGGAGGUCAACAACUAGAGACAGAGUUGGGAGGGGUGGAGUUGAGAGGAGGGGUGGAGUUGAUGGGAGGGGAGGUCAACAACUAG